UUUAGGGUUAGGGUGGGAGGGGCGAUGGAGAAGGAGAGGAGGGAUAGGCGCCAUAGGGUGGAGGAGGACGAUCGCUGGCACCAUGACGAGAAGCGCGAGCGGCGUCACCACAGGGACGUGGAUCGGGAGGAGGAUGAUCAUCGCCGGCGCCACAAAUCUUCUUCUUCGAGGUAUGACAAGCAGGAGGAUGAUAGGCGGCAUCACAAAUCCAAGGAGGAGAGGCACGACCGAGGUCACAAGUCUUCCAAGGAGGAGAAGGAGAAAACGAGGUCGGAGAAGCGCGGCAGGGAGCAAGAUGAUGAUUUGAAGAAGCGUAGCAGGGAUCAGGAAGAUGGAUCUAAGGUGGAGAAGCGGAGCAGGGAUCAGGAGGAUGAAUCAAGGAAGGACGCGAAGCGCAAGCGCGAUUUGGAGAAGGAGACGGCCGAUAAGUCGGUGAGUAAGCGGAGUCGUAGCGAAUUUGCUGAAGAAGAGAAAGCUUCCAAUGUAGAGAUGAAUGGACAAACACCAGCACAACCAGUGGUGGCCUUAACUCCGGCUCCAACUCCGACACCGGCUCCAUUUUCAUCUCCAGCUCCAGCUCCUGUUCCUGUUCCUACCCCUGUUCCAGCUCCAGCAGCAGCUCCAGCGGCUGUUCCACAGACUGCCCCUGUUGCUCCAGAACCGUCUCCAGCACCGGAACCAGAGGUGGCACCAGUUGCUGGUGAUGCAUCGGCCAUAGCGAAGGCCAAGGCGAGAAUGAGGCAGCUUCGCAAGGAGCUCAACGAGAAGCUGAAAAAGUUGCCACUGUUGGAGCAGCUGGCAAACGAAAAUGAUAGCGCGAACACUAUAACCCCAGAUUCUGUGGUGCCUUCCGGAACAGUGGACGUUGUUGCUAAUGCCGCAAACAUAGCGAGUUACAAGCGUGCUCAGGAAUGCGUAGCUCGCCUCGGCUUCCAACAGCCGCCUGGUUCCAUGGCACUUCACGUACCGGGUGUUCCAUCGGCUGGGCCAAAAGUUGUAAAGCACCCCGUUCUUCGCUUGGACAAGCAAGGAAGAGAGAUUGACGAGCACGGUGUCGUUGUGGAUAACCGGAAGUCAAACAUCAGCACACUCAAGGUGAACAUCAACAAACAAAAGAAGGAUGCUUUCCAGAUUUUACAUCCAGAAUUGGAGGAGGAUCCAAUAAAUAAUCCUCAUUUUGAUGCGGACAUGGGAAUGGACAGAACAAAGCUUGUACGUCAAAGGAGAAACUCCUUUCAGUUCGUGGAAGAGGGAAGAUGGACGAAAAAGGCGGAAAUCUUUCGACUUAAUAAUCGUUUUGGGGCUGCUAAAGCCCGCGAGAUAAGGUCGAAGCAGGCGGCCCUUGCAAAGGCCAAAGCAGAAGGGGACAUUAACCCAAAUCUUAUAGAAGUUACGGAGAGGAUAUUCAAGGAUGACAAACAGCACCAAGACCCGAUUCCUCAUGUGGAGUGGUGGGAUUUCGCUGUUCUACCUCCUCAGACACAGAGUUACGACGAGGUGAUCGACGGAGCUGAGGUGAAGUUCAAGAAAGAGAAGAUCAAUAUCUACGUUGAGCACCCCGUACCGAUCGAACCCCCAGCAGAGCCAGCGCCUCCACCACCACAGCCACUCAAGCUAACGAAAAAGGAGCAGAAGAAAAUGCGGACCCAGCGUCGUCUAGCCAGGGAAAAAGAAAGGCAAGAGCUGAUCAGGCAGGGAAAGAUCGAACCUCCAAAAGCAAAGGUGAAGAUGUCCAACCUCAUGAGCGUGCUGGGAGCCGAGGCAACCCAGGACCCGACGAGGAUGGAACACGAGAUCAGGACUGCCGCGGCCGAGAGAGAGCGCGCUCACACGGACAGAAACCUCGCCAGGAAGCUCACUCCAGCCGAGAGACGCGAGAAGAAGGAAAAGAGGCUCUUUGACGACCAGGGGACGCUGGAAACCAUAGUCGCGGUGUUCCGGGUGAGCGACAUCUCCCAUCCCCAGACUCGGUUUAAGGUGGACAUCAACGCCCAGGAGAACAGGCUCACAGGUUGCGCGAUCAUCACCGACGGCAUGACGGUGGUGAUCGUCGAGGGUGGCGCAAAGUCGAUCAAGCGAUACACCAAGCUGAUGCUCCGGAGGAUCAACUGGUCCGCGAAAGAAGAAGGCAGCGGUGGAAACGAGCAAGGGGACGAGGAGGAUGGAAACGAGGAGAAGGAGAACAAGUGCGUCCAGGUGUGGCAGGGAAGCGUAGCUCGGCCAGCGUUUGACAGGUUCUUCUUCCAAAAGUUCCACACCGCCGGGGCCGCGAGGAAGUACUUGUCCGACGCUGGAGUUGGGCAUUACUGGGACAGCGCGCUGCAUUACAAGGAGGAGUAGAUAAAGAAGAAGAUCGCGAUGAUCCAUUGCGCUGCAUUACAAGGGGGAGUAGAAAAGAAGAUCGCGAGCGAUGCAAAGAAGGAUGAUGGUCGAGUGGUGAUCGAAGUUUUGCUACUGCUACGAGCAAGAUGGUGAGUGGUCGAGUUUCUUGCUGAAGGAUCUGGUUUUAGAAUUCUUUCGUGUUUCUUCCAGCGCUCGAUCGAGGUAGAAAGCUGCGAAAUGCUAAAGCUUUGGUCAAAUAAAAGAGGAGGGUUUGGUUU